CCUGUUAGAAUUUACAAACAACGUACUUUAUCUGUUUCAAGUAAAUCAUUGUAUUUAUUCAAUAAUAACAAUCUUUUCUCCAAUCGAGUUGAAAUUUAAUUAAAAUCAUGGAUCAUGGUCACGACAAUGGAAAUUCAAUUAUAAAGCACUGUUCUAUGAAGAUGACAUUUAAUACCGAUUAUAAUAAUCUUUGUAUAGUCUUCAAACAAUGGCAUAUUAGUUCCGGUUUGCAAUUUGGGAUUUCUCUGCUGGUAAUUGUCUUUCUGGGGUACGCGUUUGAAAAGCUACGAAGCUAUAAUUCUAUCGAAGAAUGUUGUUUUCAAAAGGCCUAUAAUGAACAAACAAAUGGACUCAUCACACCUGCAAAGAGAUCAGGAAAGGUUAGUCGUCCAUUCCGUCUCUGUACCUUAUAUGCUAUUCAACUCAUAUUCUCUUACUUCUUAAUGCUCGUUGCUAUGACUUACAAUGCUUAUGUAAUUGCUGCCAUUGCCAUCGGUGCUGCCUUGGGCUAUCGUCGCUCGCACUGUGAUAGUCUUCAAAGUGUCGGUCUUUGCCAUUAGUUUUCAAUGUUUCUUCUUGCUUUUAUCAUGUCCUUUGAAGCUUAUUAAUACCAGUGUAUGAUUUAGUUGAUAAUGUUGUUAUGUUUCAGAAUUUCGUUGAUGCUUUACGAAUCCCUCAUUGUGUCUUCAACGUCUCUUCAUAAUUUGUCGUAAUAAAUAUACAGUACUUCUUAAACAGAGUCGGAAUUAUCGUGUGGUUG